AUGGCCUCACUAACGAAGGAUGGAAAGCACCUUUGCUGCCUGUCCGUUAUCACUGCGUCGUGGCUCCUAACUGCUGGGCACUGCACCAUCGACCCCUAUGCUGACGAUUUCCGUACCGAACCGACAGAUUUUAUCGUCGUCGCUGGUUCAACUCUCCUAACCUUCGACACAGCUGGAGGCUGUGUCGAGGAUGAGGUGAGACGUGAUGUGAAUCGCCUGGUGUGGCACCCAGAUUUCGAAAUCGUACGUCUGUUGAAUGACUUGGCGAUGGUGCGGAUUUCCCGGCCCCUGCCCUACAGCGAUCAGAUACAGCCUGCCAGUCUGCCUGCAGGCCCUCUGAAUACUCGGAACGACCUGCCAAACGGUCAAUACUGUUCCGUCGCUGGGUGGGGCUCAUCCACCCCUAGAGGUGGAAUGGAAACUGGAAGAGGGCCAAUAUCUGCGCUGUGCAAGAAGAGUGUCGAUGUGCACAAAGUAUCGGUACUUCACGAAGUGAAGUUGCCUAUCCUCUCCACCAAUGAGUGCACGAAGAAGUACCCGUGGGCGAAUAGCUGGCUGAAGGAGGAGGAGCACAUCUGCACUUUGUCAGGAGAGGGGAAGGACGCCUGCAACGGCGAUUCUGGGGGUCCGCUACUGUGCAACGGGGCCAUGGUGGGCUUAGUGUCGUGGGGACUGGGAUGCGCGAAUCUGACAAACCCAACCGUGUACACGCGCAUUGACCAUCAUUUGAAAUGGAUCUUGGACACAACUACUUCACGGAUGACAAACGAAGCGUCACGUCUACAAACUGCCACCAUGGUCAUCACUCUGGCGCACUUCGUCAUGGCUCUCACAUGCAUCUGCCAUGCGUGA